AUGAAGUUGACCAGAUCCAAAACUUUCCAAACUUAUCUGCCAAACUGCCACCGUACAUACAGCUGUGUCCACUGCAGAGCCCACCUGGCCAACCACGACGAGCUGAUCUCCAAGUGCUUUCAAGGAAUCCAGGGACAAGCCUACCUCUUCAACUCUGUGGUAAACGUGGUCUGCGGCCCUGCAGAGGAGCGUUUUCUCCUGACCGGCCUGCAUGUGGUAGCAGACAUCUACUGUGAGAACUGCAAGACUGCACUCGGGUUGAAAUACAAACAUGCAUUUGAAAGCAGUCAGAAAUUCAAAGAAGGAAAAUUUAUUAUCAAUCUUACACACUUGAUCAAAGACAACAGUUGGGAGUAA